CGUCAACAUCUCGUGUACCGCCGCGUUAGUCGCCGCUUUUCCUGGGGGACCCGGUGCCGGUGCAUCUCUUCCACGUGUAUUGUUUUCACAGCUGCUCUGCUUAGGAGUGUUUUUUUUUUGGUUUUGCUCAUCCGACGGGCCGCGUGUUUUGGUUGGACGGUUGUUCUACGCUGGCGUCUACCUUCUUUCUCCACGCGACAAGCUAAUCGUUUUGGAAGUGUGUUUUUGUACUUCGCUCACCUUUCGCGCCCAUCUCGCGAUCACACGCGAUUACGAUCGUGAUCUGGGCUUCGAAUGUUGCAGUAAUUUUUCUUCUUUCCCGCUCAACAUUAAUUGUUUAAUUAUGUACGCGACGGAUGUGAACUUUCGGAUGUCGAGGGUACCGAGCGAUGCUAACAGGCCGUGUUGUUGCUAUCAUUACAGCAUUGUGUGAUAGUGAAGUUGCGUGACGUUGUGGUACAGUGAAUAAAGGCGUCUAUUAUCUUCUAACCAAUGUACUAGUGAAUGGAAAAGCUGUCGGUGCAUGGAUAGAAAUGUGACGUGAUUCUUCUGAUUCGGAAGAAAAUCCAUCUGAAUUAUAUAAAGUGAAACAGAUUUCAGUACCUUGAUAUGAUGUAUGCUAUGUUGUUAUGAAAAGAGAAAACAUGGUGAGAUGCGGUGAUUAUUAUUAACCGAAAUUCGGUGUGACGAAUUUUGAUUUUAUCAGUGCUGCUAUUGAAGGAGUUUUGCUGGGUGUCAAGCUGCUUCAGUUAAAAAUCAAAUAUAUCAAUUGCUGAAUGUAUUUGGAAGGAAUCAGAAUUUCGACGUUAAGUGGAUCGAGUGAACGAAGUAGUGCGGCUGCUGGAUUCUGGCAUGGCAUAAAACUUGCUAACCGAAAAAGUUGUUGUGGCCAAUGAAAGCGAAAUCGAGUUAGGAGUGAUAAAGUCAAGCAAGUGGAAGCUGCUCAUCAUUUAUGGGUAUAACGGAUCAUUGAAGCUAUUGUUUGGCAUUCGACAUCGUCGUAAUCUUUAACGGUGAAAGAACUCGGAGGAUAUUGCAAAGCCCGAACCCAGUGCGCAAUAAGUGGAAUAACGCCCUUAAAACCGCGAAGAACAACAUCAAAAGCACCAAACAUCACAAUGUCAGCUGUUGGGCGUGAGAGAGCGAAUCUCAUUGGCACCGGCAACAGCAGCGGAUCCAGCAUCAGCCAUAUUGAUCCAUACCGGGCCCACUACUGGCAGCCGUAACGGAAACUGUGAAAUGUGACAAAUUGUUUCAUCUGUGGCUCGGACGGAACCAAGUUCAAACUUCCUUUCGUCGGAAAGCAUUUCUCCUGUUGUCCAUAGUUUUGUCUGUUUCAUGAGCUGCAGCCGAAACCAAAGAAACCGAAAUAAUGUUUGACGAUAUUAAAAUGUGCCUCAUGGAUCUGAUCAAGGUGACCCCCAAGUCGAAAAAGUCCCUCAAAGACAUGUCUUCCGGCUACUCGGCGGAUUUCAUGAAAAAGUACAACGACAUCAACAUAAUUCACUUCAACGAGAACAUGUCGAUGGUUAACAAGCUGGACAAUAUUCGAUUCUCGCCGUCGAACUACUCGAACCUGUUCAAGACGAACCCGCUGCUGGAGGGCAAACGGAGUAAAUCGUUCCGCGAUUGGGGCGUGGAAAGUGCCAGCUUUGAAUUUUCCUCGGACGAUCGCGACACGCUUACGAUGACGAGCUGUUCGCACUACUCGGCGGAGGGCACCGAGCAUUAUCACCUGCUGAAGUCGCUGUCGCAGCAGAGCAGCGAUGGGCACAGUCGAAAGCUUUUGGGUAGUGCAAGCGGGGGAGGUGUCGAUGCGGAUGACGACGACGACGACGAUGAUGAAGACGAUGACGAUGGGAUCAUUAUAAAUCACUACAGCUUGGAGGAUUGCUUCGCCGGUGGGCUGGUAUCGCAGUUGGAUUCAUUUUGUACGCUUUGCACUUCUUCGUUCAGUUUUAGCAACUGCAAUAACUGCGAGAAAUCUGGUUGCGGCUCGAAGUGUAGCGGAGAGGAAAGCACAAUUGGUGAAGCCGAAGCUGGCUGCGUUUGUCUUCCAAAGCAUGGGGUAACAGUGGGGUGCUCAGGGUAUAACGAGUCCAGAUACUUGUCACAUCUGGACUCGUCCCAUGCACAGAUGAUGCCACCGAUGGAACGGCCGGCGGGUGGGGCGCUAGCGCUCCACUACGCGGCCGCCCGCGGUUGCCUCGACUGUGUACGACUUCUGGUGGAAGCGGCGCCCGAUAUCAGCGCCAAUACCCAGAUGGACAACGAUGUAACCCCGGUCUACUUAGCGGCUCAGGAAGGACAUCUUGAGGUGCUUAAAUUUCUAGUCCUGGAAGCCGGUGGGUCGCUGUACGUGCGAGCACGCGAUGGUAUGGCUCCGAUCCACGCGGCCUCCCAGAUGGGAUGUCUGGACUGUUUGAAAUGGAUGGUCGAAGAUCAAGGUGUCGAUCCAAAUUUACGUGACGGCGAUGGUGCCACUCCGCUUCACUUUGCCGCCUCCCGUGGCCAUCUUACGGCAGUGCGGUGGCUGCUGAGCCACGGAGCCAAACUGUCACUGGACAAGUACGGUAAAAGUCCCAUCAACGAUGCUGCCGAAAAUCAACAGGUCGAGUGCCUAAACGCCCUGGUACAGCACGGAAACCGAGAGCCCGACUACGUCGAAGCGAAACAGCUCAAGCAAUCACAACCCCGACAUUCGGAGAUAUAUGGAUCGCAACAGCAGCUAGCGGUUUCAUCGCCACAACAGCAGAAGCGGAUAUCGAAGAAGCACUCGAGCAGCCACCACUACUACAAUAAGAACAAACCAUCGUCACACCACAAUACGAUGAUGUCCAAGUCGUCUUCUGGCAGCUCAGAUUCCGAACCAUUUUAUCUUCAUCCACCGACGAUAAGGCAGACAAAGGACGGUUUAUACACCCGCCAGUCGCCAGAUAGUUACUACGGAACAGUGCCACCAAACGACGGCGUCUAUAUCAAUCCAAUGCGGCACGGAUCGUCAACGCCGCCGAGCCCCAGCGGCAGUGUGUCGGGAGAAUCCUUCUUCCUGCAUGACCCCCAGGAAGUCAUCUACAAUCGGGUGAAAGACCUGUUCGAUUCUGACCUCAGUAGCACCAAGGACGAACGAACCACCAACUCCAGAGCAAUGACAGUUCAAGUUGAAGUCCAUUCUAGCAGCAGCGGGGCCGCCAGUGGUUCGGACGAAGACCUAUCGGUGUCCUCUUCCAAUUCCGGUGUCGAACGAAAACCACCCGAACCCAAUCGAACAAACCCCAAAACACAGCAUGAUCACGACUACGAAGACAUUUACUUGGUCCGAGAGGAGGCUCGCUAUGGCACGAAAACACGGAACGGAACCGGUCGAAGUAGGUCCAGGGACAGUGGUUCCCACAGCCGAUCGGCCAGUGCGAGCUCAAACCGAAGCAACGACAUUAUCAUGCAGCUUACCAAUCAGAACGUAAGCAACAAGGAGCAAAUGUUAAUCAACAAACGAAACAAUCUAUACGAACAGCAGAAUAAAAACCGAUACGAUUCACCGAAGAACUACAAAACGACGAACAUUAGCAAGGCUAACAAAAAUGCCAGCCAUCACCAGUCCAACCGUGAGUUGAGCCUAGCAUCAUCGCGUAAUGAUAACGCUUACGAAAGCGUUUGUUCGCCGGAAGAUACCCACGAGCGAACAAAGCUUGCCCAACGCCAUUCUCUGCCACACGGUGGCGCUGUGGUGAGCGGUAAUGGCAACGCAAACGGUGGUAAGCAGGUGAAACGCAGUGGAUCAAUGAAAGGAAACGAGAGCAAAGAUGUGGGACCCCCACCGCCACCAUUGCCACCACCGUUGAAGGCCCCGUCGUCGUCAUCGUCAGCGUCAUCGGGGCAGCCGACUCACUACGGGCCCGGCAGUCAGACCAAGUCCGGCUCGAUGACGAACGGUAAUAAUUUCUAUCUGCACAAGCAUAUGAACAGCGGUGGCGUCGGUUCGCAGCAUAACGCGAUGAUUUUCAAUACCACGGGGGCCUCGUCCUCGGGUCCCUCGUCCGGUCACCUGCAGCAGAACGCUCAACAUGAUUACUACAACCAACUUCCGCAGCAGCAGCAACUAAUGCAGCAGAACGGAGAAGCUCCCGAUUCUGACUCAGGCCUUGAAGUGGUCGAAGAGUCUACGCUCAAGCCGUCGGAUUUAAUUCGUGGAAACCACAAUCGAAGCAUGUCCAUUAUAUCAGCGAACAAGAAAGCCAAACUCAUCACUGGCGGCGGCGGCGGCAGCAGCAGCAACGGAAACGGUCUCGUGAGCCCCACGACCAGCAACGGCAGCGCAGCAACCAAGACGGGAGCGAUAGUCGAUGAUCAGUACUACGGCCAGCAACAGCUCUACCAGUCGCGCUCGAACUCCGCUCUCUCGUCGUCCAGUCACGGUCCGAAUCUGGUGAACAAACAGCUCGUACUGCCAUUCGUCCCGCCGGCCUUCCCGAACGGAUCCGCCGACGGUUCCAACCACCUGAUCAAACCGUCCGAAUAUCUUAAGAGCAUCAGCGACAAACGGUCCAACGCUGGCUCCCAGAGAUCUUCCGACACCGAAGACUAUAUGCCAUUGAACGCAACCAUCACGGUACAGUCGGGACCGGAUCCGCCAAAGCCACCUCCGCCGCCACCCGCUCCCCCGAUGCUAUUCCCACUCAACGGCGGCGGCACGAUCAACAGCAACGGCAGCAAAGCGAACGCCAAUAAAGACGGCAGUCAGACCGGAACGAACAAAAGCUCGAACGGCAACGUUCCACUGCCACCCCCGCCGCAGGAUUCGACGAUACGAAAGCAGCAGCAGCCACUGUCGGCCAUAUCGAUUCAAGAUUUGAACAGCGUACAGCUACGGCGCACCGACAAAAUGCUUUCGAAGACAUUUUCAGCACCCACACGCAGCAUGAGCAUGCAGUGCCUUUCUUCCACCAACGAACAGUUCCUCUCGCAAAAGACCGACCUGAUUGCGGAACUUAAAAUGUCCAAGGACAUCGCCGGGGUAAAAAAGAUGAAAGUUGAACGAGCUAAACUGGAGGACAAGCAAGCCACCGAGGUGUAUUCGGAAGUCACCCGGCAAUUCACGGCGGCAAACUAUGUGGAUCAGAACCCCUUGUCUUCCGUCCCCCGUGUUGCGCUUAUCAAUUCAACUGAUAAGUUAUUACAGGUACCGGACCGAGACCACCAGGGAAAUCUCAUUCCCGACUGGAAGCGCCAGAUGCUCGCCAAGAAGGCGGCCGAGAAGGCGAAGAAAGAAUUCGAAGAUCGGUUGGCCCGGGAGGCCGAGGACCGCCGGCUGUCGGCGAUACCGAAAUGGAAGCGGGACCUGAUGGCUCGGAAGGAGGAGGCCGAAAAUAAGCUCAAAUCCUCGAUCUACACGCCUCGAGUGGAAGAAACUCAACGCCGCACGGACACAUGGCGUUCCCGUAUGUCCCAGCGGGCGAUGUCGAUCGACAACAUCAGUUUCACUUCGCAGCACGAAGAUUCCGUAGGGUCUCGAUUCAAUAAGGAAAACAACCUCAACAAUCAGCACAACGGAAAUGGUAGCCAUCAGAAUGGUACCAGCAACGGUCAUCACGCCAAUGGAGGCAGUAAUCACAGCAAUAGCAGUAGCAACACCAACAUCAACGGCAGUGGUAGCCACCAACAUAGCACACGUAGCUCAAUGGAGAACAUCAAUAAUAAGAACGAUUACCAUCAUCAUAGCACGAACCAGAAUGGUAACGACGAUGACGAUGACAGUGAACAAAUAAUCCCUUGGCGGGCUCAUCUGCGGAAAACCAACAGUCGUCUAAGCUUGAUCGGUUGAAGCAAAGUACUGUACUCCUUGGCUGAUGCCUAGAACUAGCUUGUUGUAUAAAGAUUUAACAAGAAUACUAUGAACGCAUAAUAUAUUUUAGCUUAGUUCCGUAUAGCAGAAAACUGCAAACAUCACUAAUUUUAUCUUUCGAUUACAUUAUUUAAUUUCGAGAAUACUGCUUAUGAACAAAAAUGACCAACCUGAAACCACGGGCUUAACAUGUAAACAUAAAUCAAAGAUUUCGUUGCAAUAUUACACUAAGGUUACUGUUAAUUCAAGUAGCGACGAAUAAAAUGGAGAUGCGGUACGGAUGAUACUUAAUCUAUGUUAAAUAUGUAAUUCGGACAUGACGUGAAACUGCAUUGUGAUCAUUGUUAUAAAUUUCUACAACCAAAAGAUGUAGAUCCACUAUCUAAUCUAUCGAACAAAUAAAGAACAGAAGUAUUGUCAAUGCGAACUAUCCCGUUAUGAGGAUUCUCUGAGUUUCAAUAUUGCUCACAUGAUCACCCUGGAAGUAACCUUUUCUGAAAAAAAAUAAACAUAGUAAAUCUGUUACGGAUAUUAAAUAAAAAGCAGUUUAAGAACCCCAUAGGCUUAUUUCGAAGCAAACAUACAUACCAUUAACCGUGGAAACGAAUUAUCAUUUAGCAAACAAAUUGUAUAUCUCAAACACACAUACGCGCAACCUACGCAAUAUUCAACGUAUUAAAAUUGUAACGGGAUUGACACGAUAUUCCAUUUUAGAGCUACAUAGGCAUAAAUUUCAUUUUCGUUGAAUAGUUAUAAUAAACGUUUAUCAAAUAGA